GUUGACCUUGGGCGGAAGCGGCUUUGUAGCCUAGGAGAAGCGAGAUGGGGGUGAAGCUGGAGGUGUUUCGGAUGACACUCUACCUCACCUUCCCUGUGGCUAUGUUCUGGAUUGCCAAUCAGGCCGAGUGGUUUGAGGAUUAUGUCAUACAGCGCAAGAGGGAGCUGUGGCCACCUGAGAAGGAGGACCAGCGCCGAGAGCUAGAAGAAUUCAAAGAGAGGAUACGGAAGCAGCGGGAGGAGAAACUCCUUCGUGCCACCCAGCAGAGCUCCUGAGUCCUAGCCCCUCCACCCACGAAAUAACACACACGCGGUUCCUUGUU